AUAGAAACCCCUGGCGGGGCAGUGGCGGCCGCGGUCUCUCGGGGCGCGCGGCCCGGCGAGGGGGCGGGGCCUGGCGGCAGGGGGCGGGGCGGGCAGCUGAUGGCGACGCGCCGGGACUGACGGGCUAACCGGUUCCCGACCCCCGCCUACUCGCCCGCCCCCUCCGGGGCCGCCCGGGAACUCUGACCCCCCGGCCUGGCGCCGCCUGACGGAGCGGGAGUGGCCCGCUCCGGGCCGGCCGGCGCCGGGGGUGAGGCAGCCCGGACGGGUCUAGGGGCGCGCGAGGGGCCGCAUCCCACUCAGCUCGCCGGCCGCGGCCCCCGCCUCCCCCCUCCUCCCGCCAGACCGCCCCGGCCCGCCGUGACCCCCGGCCGCCUCCGGAGCCCGACGCGGACUUCCAAUAGUAGUCAGACAUUAUCAUCCUGUCAUACUAUGGAGCCAUGUACAUCGGAUGAAUUUUUCCAAGCCCUUAAUCAUGCCGAGCAAACAUUUAAAAAAAUGGAAAACUAUUUGAGACAUAAACAGUUGUGCGAUGUAAUUUUAGUCGCUGGUGAUCGCAGAAUUCCAGCUCACAGAUUGGUGCUCUCCUCUGUCUCAGACUAUUUUGCUGCCAUGUUUACUAAUGAUGUCAGAGAAGCAAGACAAGAAGAAAUAAAAAUGGAAGGUGUAGAACCGAAUUCAUUGUGGUCCUUGAUCCAGUAUGCUUAUACAGGCCGCCUUGAAUUAAAAGAAGAUAAUAUUGAGUGCCUGUUAUCUACAGCUUGCCUUCUUCAGCUUUCACAGGUUGUAGAAGCAUGCUGUAAGUUUUUAAUGAAACAGCUUCAUCCAUCCAACUGUCUUGGAAUUCGUUCUUUUGCUGAUGCCCAAGGUUGUACAGAUUUGCAUAAAGUGGCUCACAAUUAUACUAUGGAGCAUUUCAUGGAAGUGAUCAGAAACCAGGAAUUUGUAUUAUUACCAGCCAGCGAAAUUGCAAAGCUCUUGGCUAGUGAUGACAUGAACAUUCCUAAUGAGGAGACAAUAUUGAAUGCACUUCUUACUUGGGUCCGUCAUGAUUUGGAACAGAGACGGAAAGAUCUAAGUAAACUUUUGGCUUAUAUUAGGCUACCUCUUCUUGCACCACAGUUCCUGGCAGACAUGGAAAAUAAUGCACUUUUUCGGGAUGAUAUAGAAUGUCAGAAACUCAUUAUGGAAGCAAUGAAGUACCAUUUAUUACCAGAGAGACGACCCAUGUUACAAAGUCCUCGGACAAAACCUAGGAAGUCAACUGUUGGUACAUUAUUUGCAGUUGGGGGAAUGGAUUCAACAAAAGGAGCAACAAGCAUUGAAAAGUAUGAUCUGCGUACAAAUAUGUGGACUCCAGUAGCAAAUAUGAAUGGGAGGAGGCUACAGUUCGGUGUUGCAGUGCUAGAUGACAAACUGUAUGUGGUUGGAGGAAGAGAUGGACUGAAGACUUUGAAUACCGUAGAGUGCUACAACCCCAAAACAAAAACUUGGAGUGUGAUGCCACCUAUGUCCACACAUAGACAUGGCCUUGGUGUGGCUGUACUGGAAGGUCCCAUGUAUGCUGUAGGAGGACAUGAUGGCUGGAGCUAUCUGAACACAGUGGAAAGAUGGGACCCUCAGGCUCGCCAGUGGAAUUUUGUUGCCACUAUGUCUACCCCUAGGAGUACAGUAGGUGUGGCAGUACUAAGUGGAAAACUUUAUGCAGUUGGUGGUCGUGAUGGAAGUUCUUGUCUCAAAUCAGUAGAGUGUUUUGAUCCUCAUACUAAUAAGUGGACAUUGUGUGCACAGAUGUCAAAAAGGAGAGGUGGUGUAGGAGUGACAACCUGGAAUGGACUGCUGUAUGCUAUAGGGGGGCAUGACGCUCCUGCAUCCAAUGUGACUUCCAGACUCUCAGACUGUGUGGAGAGAUAUGAUCCCAAAACAGACAUGUGGACUGCAGUAGCAUCCAUGAGCAUCAGCAGAGAUGCAGUGGGGGUCUGUUUACUUGGUGAUAAGUUAUAUGCUGUUGGGGGGUAUGAUGGACAGGCAUACCUUAAUACCGUGGAGGCUUAUGAUCCCCAGACAAAUGAGUGGACCCAGGUUAUUUGAUUGUUCCAAGAGACUUACAGUGAUCAAAACAACUGAUUCAGAUGGAGAACUACUGAGAAUUCUCUUAUAACUGAAGUCUGACCUGUUCUUAAAAUCUACUCAUUGGUCUAGGAGGUCAAACUGAUUAGGAAGUCAUUUUGGCAUCUGACAAAAAUACUUUAGUACAUACCCUAACAUAUGUAAGUACAAAUUAAACUUUCUUAAUACUUUGCAUUACUCACCCCCCCAAUCCAUGUUAACAUUUCAACUCUCCUGGAUCAAAUGCAUAGAUUCUUACUGUGUUCAGAGUAAUUCUUCAGAACUAUUUUUGUCCACACUUUUAUUUCCACUGUGAAUUACCCAGUGUCUAGAGUUCCUAUUAUUUAAAACAGAGGGGAAAGAUUUAAGAAUUGUUCUUUAUCCAUAAAUUUAGAUUGUAUUCCUUCCCCUAGCAACCCUCCCCCGACUUCUGUCUCACUGUAAUAGAGCUCAUUCACUGAGUUUGUUUCCACUCCUAGUGGAGUUGGAUGGGUAGCAUUUAUUAUUUAUUUAGUCUGCUAAAAAGUAGUAGAAUGGGUUUAGACUUUUCAGCCAUGCACGUAGAAGGUAGUCAAAAAAUGUGAGGUUAUGAGUUCUUCUAGAAUAAGCAGAUCCCCAGGCAUUCAGAGUAUUUUGUGUGCUAUCUCUGAGAUAGCAUGGCUGUUAGAGGACCUCUCUAGAUAACACUUGAUCUUUCCUCCAUAUUGGUCACAGAGUUACUGUAAGUGUUCAGCAUUUCUUCAUAUCCAUACUGUGCAUCAUUUUGGCUAAAACAGUGUUUCAUGUAGAUUAAUUAUUGAGCUGUUUUUAAAAAUCACCUUUAAAGAAGAGUGAAUGCUACACAAUCAUGAUGUACCCAAAACAACUUAGUCUAUGAAACUUUGCCAUGGAGGGUGGUUCUUGGGAAGGGGACCAGGCCAGAAACAGCGCUGAUACAGCAGGGGCCAGGGCAGCAACCCUUUGCCAACAAGUACAGGCUGUUUCAAUAUUUCACCAACUGGCAUAGUAGUGUUGACAUUUUAACCUACAAAUCCAAUACAUAUUUCUUUUUCUUUUUUAGGUUGCUCCACUUUGCCUAGGAAGAGCUGGAGCUUGUGUUGUGACUGUAAAAUUAUAAUUUAGUGCUCUGUUUUCUACAUGAAGACACCGUCUUCCUUUAUUAAUUUAGUAUAAUUAUUCUAUCAAUGGAUACAUUUUUAGUAAACGUGCAUUGUCACAAUCCUGGGCACAAAGUGCCUGAUCUCAAAGUGAAGAUAGUAAAACAAGGGAGGAAGCAGUGGAUGGACCAGGAUUAAUUCCUUUCAUUUCUUAGUAAAUUAAAACCUGCAGCUGGUGGAUUGUGAACACACAUUCCCGAUGUAAUAAUUGAGGACAAAUGCACUGCUCUGGAACAUAGCCCAGUCAAGCACAUCUUACUCACAUCCAGAUUUAUUUUCCUACAGUGCAAACACACCAGAUGAAACUUUAAAAUGUUACUUUUUAUAAGCUUAUCAUAAAUGAGUUGCAGUAAUUUGCUUGUUUACCUACAACCACUAUUUUAAUGAUAUACUAAAGAUAACACUAUUUAGUUUUUUCAGAAACAUCUGCAUUAUAUGUGUGUUGGUUGUGGAUUUUGUUUCUAAAAUUGGCUUAGUUCAAUAAAUAAAGAAAAGCAUUAAGGACUUAAAGCAACAAUAACCAAAUAAAAACUUGAUAGGAUCUUUGAAGUCUAUUUAAAUAUUCAUUCCAUUACAUCUAGACUCACCAAGAACUACAUGUUAUGAUGUUAAGUUGAAGCUGAAACAUGAUGUUUUGCAUUAAAUUUAAGAUAUGCAAAUUUAUGUAGAGAAAAUAAAUGUUAUAUACCCUAUAAUGUUCUUUCACCUAAUUAGUAUUUAAUUAUAUGGAUUUGUUUUAUAUUAUAAAAGACGUUUUGAUUUUGUCUUUUGAUAUUGACAAAAUUGUUUGGAUAUCCUUAUGUGCUCAAGUCUGUAUCUGCCUCCCCUGCCUUAUUUCGUAUGUUUUGCCACAGUUAACCCAUUGUGCUUCUUUGUAAUCAGUUUGUGGGGGAAUGGGCUUAUUGAACGUCUAAAAAAUAAGUUUAAAGAAGUGUUUGUUACCCUAAGUUUUUUACAUUUGUAAACUCUAAUUACAUAUGUGAACGUUAUUACUCUCAGUGAAUUGUUAUUGUUUGCAAAAAUGCACUGGGCAGUAACAUUUUGUGAUAAAUCCUACAAGAUAUAAGUCA